UCCUCCUCCUCCUCCUCCUCCUCCUCCUCCUCCUCCUCCUCCUCCUCCCCCUCCUCUUCUUCUUUUUCUUCUUCUUCUUCUUCUUCUUCUUCUUCUUCUUCUUCUUCUUCUUCUUCUUCUUCUUCUUCUUCGCCUUCCUCUUCUUCUUCUCUUACUUCAUCUGCCUCCACCUCCUCUUCUUCUUCUUCCUUCUCCCUCUCCUCCACCCUCCCAAGGGUCCGGACGAGAGCCAUGGCCCGCAAGGUUAGGUCAACCCCUUCCUCCUCUUCUUCUUCUUCUUCUUCUUCUUCUUCUUCUUCUUCUUCUUCUUCUUUUUCUUCUUCUUCUUCUUCCUCCUCGUCGUCCCCCUCCCCCUCCCCAUCCUCUUUCCCCUCCCCCUCCCCCUCUGCCUCCUCCUCCUCCUCCUCCUCCUCCUACUCCUCCUCCUCCUCCUCCUCUGCUUCUUCUUCACCUUCUUCGUCUUCGUCUUCUUCUUCUUCUUCUUCUUCUUCUUCUUCAUCUUCUUCAUCUUCUUCUUCUUCUUCUUCUUCUUCUUCUUCUUCUUCUUCUUCUUCUUCUUCUUCUUCUUCUUCUUCUUCUUCUUCUUCUUCUUCUUCUUCACCUCCUUCUUCCUCCUCCUCUUCCUCCCCUUCCUCCUCCCCGUAUUCUUCUUCACCCUCCUCCUCCUCCUCCUCCUCCUCCUCCUCUUCCUCCUCC